CCAGAACGAUUUCUGUAAUUUCACUCACAACGAACUGAAACUAGUUAAGCUGCCAAAAUUUGCGUGGCAAAGCAGCAAUUCCCAGUCUACGACAGGACAAUGGCUUCAUCCUUAUCACAUCUGCUGCUCCUCAUCAAACCUCCUUCCAAUUUCCCUUCCGCCCAAAACGUUUUCUUUCUCGGAACCCCACAACCUAUUGCGUCCCGCCCUCAUUCCAGACCUUUCUUCAGAAGAAAGCUACCCACUAAAAUCCCUUUUGCCAUUACAGAAUCAGGCUCUCCCAAAUCCCUUGACCCGGACCCAAAAUCCCUUCUUCAAGAACUUGCUGAGACUUUUGUUCUUCCAGCAGAUUACUUUUCUAAGCUCCCUCGUGAUCUUCGUCUAGAUUUGAAUGAUGCAGCUUUUGAUCUUUCAAAUGGACCAGUUAAAGAUGAGUGUGGUGAAGAUCUUGGAGAAAUAUUGUUAAAUAUAAGUCGAGCAUGGGAACUGGCAGAGGCAUCGACUUCUGCAGCUUUAGUAAGCAAGUUACCCGUGAUGGUGGACUCAUUGACAGAUGGGAAUAAAUCAGCACUUGGUAAGCGCCUAAUAUCUGCUGGAAGAAGGUUCCAGUCCAUGGGGAAAUAUGGUCAAGGCGAGCCAGAAAUGAUUGCCAAAGUUAUGAUUAGGACGGGGAAGUUUUUAUCUGCAAGAGCAGUAUCUACAGUGACUAGUGCAGAACCAAAGCAGGAAACUAGGACUCUGAAGUUUGGAGAGCUUCAGGUUGAACUGACUCCAGAUAAAGCCUACAUUGGGGCUGUUAUAGGCUUGCUUUUCAGCACUCUGUCAUGGGGAUUAAGUCAAGGCAUCGAAAGAAUACCAGAGAGCUCAUUGCAAUAUGCAAAUGACAAUGCUUUGUUGCUUGCAAAGUCAUUGCGAGGAGCGCUACUUGCACUGUGUUAUUCGUCUACGCUCUUGUCCGGUUUUACAUCUGUGGGACUUCUCUUGCUUGGAGUACAACUUGGUUCAAAAGAAAACAUGGCUGCUUCUUUAAAUUGCUCAGCCUCUGAACUCAUCCCUCUUCUAGGCAGCACCCCGAAUGCCUCCGCGGCCGCCACCUACAUCUGCCAGCAAUUUGGUGCAGUAGCAUCCAAGCUCUCAGACACCACCUACGCCGUGGACAACACUUAUCUACUUUUCUCGGCUUAUCUUGUGUUUGCCAUGCAGUUGGGCUUUGCCAUGCUUUGUGCUGGCUCGGUACGUGCCAAAAACACCAUGAAUAUCAUGCUUACUAAUGUUCUUGAUGCUGCUGCCGGUGGCUUAUCCUACUACCUCUUUGGCUACGCCUUCGCCUUCGGUUCACCCUCUAAUGGCUUCAUCGGCCGCCAUUUCUUUGGACUCAAAUCCUUCCCUUCACAAUCUGGGGAUUACAGUUUCUUCCUCUAUCAAUGGGCCUUUGCUAUUGCAGCUGCAGGCAUCACGAGUGGCUCCAUAGCAGAAAGGACGCAGUUUGUUGCAUACUUGAUAUAUUCAUCAUUCUUGACUGGCUUUGUCUACCCGAUAGUGUCACACUGGUUCUGGUCUGGUGAUGGUUGGGCCGGUGCAGCCAAGGCCGAUGGAAACCUUCUCUUUGGAUCAGGAGUUAUUGACUUUGCCGGUUCGGGUGUGGUGCAUAUGGUCGGUGGAAUUGCUGGUCUUUGGGCAGCCUUAAUUGAAGGCCCCAGAAUUGGCCGGUUCGACCGGUCUGGCCGCUCUGUGGCUUUACGUGGUCACAGUGCUUCCCUCGUAGUAUUGGGUACUUUCUUGUUAUGGUUUGGGUGGUAUGGAUUCAACCCGGGUUCUUUUUUUACCAUUCUAAAAUCGUAUGGGACCAGGGGUUCUUACUAUGGACAGUGGAGUGCUGUUGGGAGAACAGCUGUCACAACCACAUUGGCUGGGAGUACAGCUGCACUCACUACUCUGUUUGGCAAAAGGUUACUAGCCGGGCAUUGGAAUGUAAUCGAUGUUUGCAACGGUCUAUUAGGCGGUUUCGCUGCAAUCACCUCGGGUUGUUCUGUGGUUGAACCAUGGGCCGCGAUCGUAUGUGGCUUUGUAGCAGCUUGGGUACUGAUGGGUUUGAACAAACUAGCAGCAAAGUUGAAGUAUGAUGAUCCACUGGAGGCGGCCCAACUCCACGGCGGUUGUGGAGCGUGGGGUUUACUGUUCACUGGCUUAUUCGCGGCGAAGGAUUUUGUGAAUGAGGUGUACCCGGGUAAACCGGAUAGACCAUACGGGUUGUUCAUGGGUGGUGGUGGGAAGCUAUUAGCAGCACAAAUCAUUCAAAUCCUUGUGAUUAUUGGAUGGGUCUCAGCCACAAUGGGUCCAUUAUUUUUUGGCCUCCACAAGUUGAACUUGUUGAGAAUCUCAACACAAGAUGAAAUGGCAGGGAUGGAUUUAACAAGACAUGGUGGAUUUGCUUAUGUAUAUCAUGACGAGGAUGAUGGCUCCAACUUGCCUGCAUCCUUCAAGAUGAAUAGAAUUGAACCUACAAAUACAAAUACUCCUACACCUAAUCAUCAACAUUCAACAAUGUUAGAAUCCACUGUUUGA